AGAGAGAGAGAGAGAGGAGGGAGGGAUGAGUGACUCUGCUGGGAAGUAGAAACCCUCUCAGAAGGAGGUGUGACUCGUUUACUCAGCCGUCGACGGAGGAGCAGCUCCCUCAUGUGUGGAUGGAAACUGCUGACCUGAACUGAUCGAUCACAGCAGAACUUCACCUUAAAAACUGAUUAAUUGAUUGGAGGACUUAUGGACUGGAUAUAAGUUUGGUGAACUGAUUGGAAGUCUGAUUUGAAGAUCUGACAGCUGAUUGGUUGGAGGGUUGUUGCUGAACUGAUUUCAAGCCUGAUAAGAAGUCUGAGCAAGCGACUUGACGACCAGCUGAUCAGUUUUUCACAUGGUUAACUGAUCUGAAGCCUGACUGGGAAGUUAUUUGAUUGCCUAAUUGACCGAUUUGACACUUGAUUGAUUGGGUCUGAUUGAAGGUUUAAAAUCCUGAUCAACUGAUUGGAAGUCUAUCAGCUCUGACACCUGACUUGAAACCUGAUUGAAGCCCAGUUGACUGAUCGAUUGGAAGCUGUUUUGUUGACUUCAGAAUGAGUGCAGCAGGGGAUGUGGUGUGUGAGGGCUGGCUGCGAAAAUCACCACCAGAGAAAAAGCUACGGCGUUAUGCAUGGAAGAGGCGUUGGUUCGUGCUGCGCAGCGGUCGGCUCAGCGGAGAACCGGACGUCCUGCAGUACUACAAGAACCAACAGUCCCGUCGGCCAAUCAGGACCAUCAACCUGAACCUGUGUGAACAGGUGGACGCCGGCCUGUCGUUCACUAAGAAGGAGCUGGAGAGCAGCUUUGUUUUCGACCUGAGGACGGAGGAGAGGACCUGGUACCUGGUGGCCGAGUCUGAGGAGGACAUGAACCGUUGGGUGUCCUCCAUCUGCCUGCUCUGUGGCUUCAACCGACUGACGACGAAAGUUUUAACAAGAAACGGUCUUUACGGGCUUUGUAAAGUUCCAGACAGACCUCCAGUCUCUGGCCCAUCCUCCGUCACCGCGAUGACCCCAACCAGCAGCAACGCCACCCCCACCACCACCACCUCGAUAGCAGUGUCGGUCCCGCCCCCCUGA